AUGGAGCGAGAGCACGGAUCCUCCCCGGAACUUCCUCUGAGGCCACCUCAGUUCAAGGCAGUCAAUGAAAACGGCAUGUUCAUGAGUUCUACGAUCUCCAAAGAUGACACAGAGGGAGAUUUCUCCACGAAAAGCAACUUGCUUUUGCAGUUCAACAACAGGACUGGAAAAGGAAAACGACUGCGCGUCCAUUCAUUCGUACCGUUGGGUAGUGGCAGUCCUUCCGAAGAAACAGAUGAGGACCGCGGUGUUACAGACCAACAGCGUGAGAUCGCGUGGCCCAAGGAACGGGCCGACGAACAGGCUCAUUGGCGUCGCAAAGCUACGGCAAGACCAGAACUUCUUCAUGGUGUGGCUGGGCGAAACGAUUCUUCUUCGACAAAUGAUUUGGGUUUGCAAAAAAAGGGUAAACAUCGUCAAGGCUUCCAUGAAUCCGAAGGGUCUUCCGACGAUUCCGCGGCGCCGUCAGCCAGGAAGGUGAAACCGGAUUCAAAUACCAGUUCAAGCUUGAAUUUUAAAGAUGUCCUCGGAUUCACAGACGAUAACAAGAAUAGUCGUGUGUCGAAUGAAGGAAUUGGUGAAAAAGCUUCACCUAGAGCGGGUACAGUUUCCAAUCCUUCGAAGGUGGUCGAAAAUACACCAGUUGCUUCAUCGUCGUUCUCAUUGCCUUCUACAAAGACGAGCGAGUGGUCGAAGCGUGUUGCUGCGGACCAGUGCCAACAACAGCCCAAUCGAGCUUUGAGUGAGCCCCAACCAACCUUGUCGGAGUCACUGAAUGCAAUCACUGAGAGAUUUCUCAACAUCGAUGCCUUGGAUCAGAAGCAAGACAUUUCCAGGUUCAUAGCGUAUCUUCUAGAUACCAUUGAGCUUCUUGACAGCAAAGUCAAAUUCCUCGAGGCGCGAGAGUCCGUGCAAAGUUUCAGCAGUCACAACCAAUCUCUGUUGUCGGGAUGUCAGAAACCACAUCCUGUCGCCAGUGCAUUCUUACACAGAAUCCUUUGCAACAAUCAGAGCCACCAUCACAAUAAUUCACUCUCUGAGGAUGAGCCGACUUAUCGAGAUACUCACACCAGCGGCGACGCAAAGCUGAUGGGCCACAAAAUGGUUCACAACCUCGACAACUAUCUUGAUAUGCAACCAAAUAUGUCUUUCCUUGUCAUUACAGAUCAUCAUUGCACUCAUAAUGACAGGAACAAUGAUGAACAGAGCGGCCAAGGUAGCAAGCGCACUUUUGGGAAAAGGGCAGAAAGUCUUCGGGUAGUAUCACCUUUGUUGCAUAAAGCACUGACUCAAGUUGCGGAGUACCACCCGUUUCCGAUGAGCAGAGAUGGGAACCUUCCACAGGAUCUGGAGAUGAAAGCCCCCUACCUGUUUUUGUUCCAUCACCACGACAGGCUAGUUGAGCUAGCCCGGGACAAGGGUUAUGAAGCCGUGUUAUGCCCACUACUAGAGUUCUUGGCUACAAAAUAUGGCAAAGAGUACGACGAGGCUAGAGUUCUUCUCAAGGAAGGAAUCAUUACUGCUGAACACGUCUCAAAAUUGUUCAAACCCAAUCAGAUGGUUAUCGGCCGACAAAAAGCAGGUGUUCUGGAAGCGCACAUACUGAACGGACAUGUUACUAUCGCAAAAGACAAAAUCCUUUUCGAAGGUUGGUCGUGGACGUAUGAUGGGAAUGAGCUGCGAAGGCAGCCUUGGUCGCAAUAUAUUGAAAGUGUCCCGGACGAGCGGACGCGGAUCGUCGACCUCAAAAUUCACCCAGUGGAGUUUGCGCCGGAUGAAGACAUAAUGGCUCUUGAGAAAAGAGGAAGAAAGUUUUGGAACAUGAGGAACCAAACAUAUAUCUGCUACACCGGCUGGGACGCAGCCCGGGAUCAUCAAUACAUAGAAGAGAGAUUCAUGGUCGAUAUGGCGACUUAUACAUUGAUGCAUCAAGACUUUUUCGUCGGCGCUCGUCGCUUGGGUCAAGACGAAGCUUACGACGGGCUUUCGAGGCUCGACCCUUGGCCUCUCACUGUCAGCAAGAUAGAGGAGGACCUGUCACGUAAAGCAUUGAUGCUUCUUCCGAACUCGAUUUAUGGAUUCAAGCUUCGAGCAAAGAAGUGGAUCAACCUGCUCGUUGACAACUUUCACAGUAUGAAAUGGAACACGAAAGCCUUCAAACGUCUGGUCCUUGAUGAAGCUGCGAAGAAGAUGAUUUAUGCACUGAUUGAUGUGCAGAAGUCAGCUGGCAAGAUGGACGAUAUCAUUUCUGGUAAGGGCAACGGCUUGAUCAUUCUGUUGCAUGGUAGUCCAGGCACUGGAAAAACAUUGACAGCAGAGAGCGUGGCAGAGAUCGCAGAGAAGCCUCUGUACCGCGUCACAUGUGGUGAUAUCGGCACUGAUGCCAAAGAGGUCGAGAAGUAUUUGGAGACUGUUUUGCAUUUGGGCAAAAUCUGGGAUUGCGUCCUCCUUUUGGAUGAAGCAGACGUAUUCCUUGAGGAACGCACUAUGGCAGAUCUCCAAAGAAACAGCCUGGUAUCUGUAUUUCUCCGCACGCUCGAGUAUUACGAAGGCAUACUCAUACUGACCUCGAACCGCGUCGGCAUCUUUGAUGAGGCGUUCAAAUCACGGAUCCAGGUUGCCAUCCACUACGAUAACCUGACAAAGAGAUCUCGAAAGGAAAUAUGGAGCAAUCUGUUUGAAAUGAUUGAGGAGUCGGAGGACGAGGAUGCAAACAUCGCGGAGCUUGAAAGGAGACUCGACGAACUAGCAGCCCAUGAAAUGAAUGGAAGGCAGAUCCGCAACGCGCUGCUUACUGCUAGGCAGCUUGCCAAACACGAAGGGGAGAGGCUGGACUGGGAACACUUAAGACGGGUCAUGAAGAUCUCGGCGGACUUCAACAAGUAUCUUAAGACAGUCAAGGGGCACAGUGAUGAUCAGUGGGCGCGGCAGGAGAACCUGAGAUAG